AUGUCAAAAUUAAUUAUAUCUUUAUUUGUUGUCGUCCUCUUUGUAUUACAAUUAGUUUCAUCACAACAAUGUGAAACUGGUUCAGUCCAAUUCACAUCAGAUUUAAGUAAUCUCUCUGAUUGGGACCAUUACUGGGAACGUACUGUAGGAAGUGGUCAUGCAGUUUUAGCACUUCGUGAAGAUUGGAGAAGAGCAUUAGCACUUUCACAUGAAAAAUUAGGAUUUCAAAGUGUUAGAUUUCAUGGUAUUUUUGAUGAUGAUUUAUCAGUUGUUCAAUUAGAUUCAAAUGGUAGUAUUAUUUAUUCAUGGUAUGAUGUUGAUCAAGCUUAUGAUUAUAUUGUUGAAUUAGGAAUGGCACCAUAUGUUGAAUUAUCAUUUAUGCCAGAAUUAUUAGCAUCUGGUAAUGCAACAAUUUUCCAUUACAAAGGUAAUAUUACACCACCAAAGAAUUACACUCAAUGGUCAAAUUUAAUUCAAGCAUUUAUCACACAUGUUGUAGAUCGUUAUGGUAUGGAUGUUGUUAGUCAAUGGCAAUUUGAAAUUUGGAAUGAACCAAAUUGUGGAUUUUGGAGUAGUGAUCAAACCAAUUACUUUAAAUUAUUAUUAGAGACUUUUAAUGCUAUCAAAAGUAUUUACCCACAAUUAUCAGUUGGUGGUCCUGCUACAUGUCAAUCAGCAUGGAUUCCAGAGACUUUGGCAUUUGCUAAAGCAAAUGGAAUUCAAUUGGAUUUCGUCUCCACUCAUGAAUAUCCAACCGAUAUUCAACCAUUACAAAGAAAUAUCAUGAAACAAGUCUUAACCAAUUCACGUCAACAAGUUGGUCCAAAUAUGAAAUUAUACUAUUCUGAAUAUAAUGAUGGUCUUUUCUUCCGUCAUGAUACUACCUAUGCAUCUGCAUUCAUUAUGUUUAAUAUUCCUGAUGUUUAUGGUAUUGCUGAUAUUUUCUCUUGGUGGUGUUUUUCUGAUGUAUUUGAGGAGCAAGGUCAACAAAGUGUACCAUUUAAUCAAGGAUUUGGUUUAUUAACAAUUUAUGAUAUUCCAAAACCAUCAUUUAAAGCAUUUGAAUUACUUCAUGAAACUGGUAAAAUGAGAGCAAAUGUAACUGGUGAACAUCCAACUGCUGGUGUUUUUACAACUCUUUCAGAUGAUGAAAUUAUGGUUAUCAUUUAUAAUCACAAUAUUCCAGAUGCUCCAAUUGCAAAUGAAACCAUUUGUGUCACACUUGAAAAUAUUCAAGGUACUAUCACCGAUUCUUAUCUCCGUCGUAUUGAUCAUGACAAUUGUAAUCCAAUUGCAACUUGGACUGCAAUGGGUGAACCUGAAUAUCCAACUAAAUCUCAAAUUGAUCAACUUAAAGCCGCUGCUGAAUUUAAUUAUCAACCAAUUGAUUUCAAUCAAAAUGGUAAUUCUUUAACUUUUACUUUAGAAGUUAUGCCACAAGGUGUCGCUGCUGUAACCUUUAAAUUUCAAUAA